AUGCCAGUGCCAACAGCGACAACCAAGGAGGUCAAUGGCUUCGAGCUACCCCCGAAAUUCACCUCAAUCCCAUCGAAACUUGUCUUCAGCGUCAACAGCACACGCUUCGCCCUCUCUCCCACCAAAGGCGACGACCUGGACCUCACUCUCCUAGAAUUCAUCCGAAGCAAAGGAUUCACCGGCACCAAGCUCGGAUGUGGUGAAGGCGGCUGCGGUGCCUGCACUGUCGUCGUUGGCAAGUAUGACGCCUCAUCCUCCUCGUCCAAAGCGCCGUACAGGUACAAGUCGGUCAACGCAUGUCUGCUGCCUCUCGUCGCGGUCCACGGCUGCCAUGUGCUGACCGUCGAGGGCAUCGGAAGCUCCAGCAACCCGCACCCCAUUCAGGAGAGGAUAGGCAAGCUGUUUGGCUCGCAAUGCGGUUUCUGCACGCCUGGAAUUGUCAUGUCGCUCUACGCGACAGUCAGGAACGGAUAUGGCCACUUGACGGAGGAGGACAUCGAGCAUUCCUUGGACGGAUGUCUCUGCCGAUGCACCGGCUACCGUCCCAUUCUCGACGCCGCCAAGUCUUUUGCUACCGUCAAGAGCACCAAGAACGGUGCAAACGGCUCCCACGCAAGUUCGAGCAAUAGCAACAGCGAGGACUCUGACGACGCGGAACCUACCACCCCUCCCGAGGAGGAUCUCAUCACCGGGACUCCCUGUGCAAAGGGUGCCGACUGCUGCAUGGUCAAUGGCAAGUCGAAGGGGUGCGCACCAUCUACCGGCAUUUCCACCACAGCACACACCAUUCAGAAGGUGCUCGACCCGGCCCACUUCAAGCCCUAUGACGUUGCUUCGGAGCUCAUCUUCCCACCCUACCUCGCAAAGGACUCUUUUGACUCGCAAGACCUUGUCUUCAUCGAAGAGCCCUCCGAGACGGACGAUCCCGACGACACCUCCGCCCCAACCAAGCCAAGCACAGCACGACAAGUCUGGCUACGACCUGGAUCGCUGGCAUCCCUCGUAGACUGCAUGAAGCUUUACGGCCUCACUGACGGUGGCAAGAUCCGUAGCGGCAACACCGAGACCGGUAUCGAGGUCAAGUUCAAGCAUCUCAAAUACAGCGUCUCCAUCUUCGUCUCGGAUCACAUCAAGGAUCUUGCCUUCUAUCGAUCCGACGAACGCGGUAUCACUGUCGGCGCCAACCUCAGCCUCUCUGACCUCGUACGUGAGCUCAAGGCCGAGCGUCCUUCGUCUUCGUACGCGCAACAGGUCAAGCGAGCAAUCCUCGACAACUUGGCCUACUUUGCGAGCAACCAGAUUAGAAAUGUCGCCACCUUGGCAGGCAAUAUCGCCACAGCCUCGCCCAUCUCCGAUUUGAAUCCCGUUUGGGUCGCGACCGGUGCCGAGCUCUCGUAUGUCGACACGACAUCCGGUGAGGAAAAGUCGGUCAACAUGCGCGAGUUCUUCCUCGGCUACCGCAAAACUGCGUUGCCCGCCGGCGCUGUCAUUACCAAGCUCUUUGUGCCCUGGUCUGAUGACGCCGGCAGCGUGAUCCAGGCUUUCAAGCAGUCGAAGCGAAAGGACGACGACAUUGCGAUCGUCAACGCCUGUCUGCGUGUGUCGGUGCGUGAUGACAAGAUCAUCGAUGCGACGCUGGCCUUUGGUGGUAUGGGCCCGACGACGAUGCAGAGUAAGCAGGUCGAGAAGUUGUUGGUAGGCAAGACAUUCAGUCAACCUGAGACGCUGAGCGAAGCACUGCAGGUGCUGGCUAAGAAAGACUUCCCGCUGUCGUACGGAGUGCCUGGUGGCAUGCCCGUCUUCCGCAAGACGCUGGCGCUGGGCUUCUUGACCCGCUUCUGGGGCCUUGCUGCUCCCAGACUUGGGUUGCCCAAGCUCGCCACGGCACUGGCGUCGUUGCCUGAUCUUGAGGAGCUCGCCACCAGCACGGUCGAGCGACCUGUCACGUCCGGCCAGCAGGACCUGGAGGAUGUGGUCAUCAAGCAGCCGGUCGGCGAUUCGAUCCCACACCUGUCAGCGCUCAAGCAGGUGACGGGUGAGGCGGUCUACAUCGACGACAUGCCGCCUGUAGCCAAUGAGCUGCAUGCUGGAUUUGUGCUGUCCCAGCGCGCGCACGCCGUACUCAAGAACAUCGACGCCACUGAGGCGCUGCAGAUGCCCGGCGUCGUCGACUUUAUCACGCACAAGGACAUCCCCGAAGGCGGAAGCAACAAGUGGAAUCCUCCUUCGAUGGACGAAACCUUCUUUGCCGAAGACAAGGUCUACACCGUGGGUCAGAUCAUCGGUAUUAUCGUCGCUGACACCAAGCGCAACGCUCAGGCCGCCGCACACAAGGUCAAGAUCGAGUACGAGGAUUUGCCGCAUAUCCUCACCAUCGACGAGGCUAUUGCAGCAGAGAAGUUCUUCCCGCCGCGGCCCGUGAUUCAUCGCGGCGACUCGUCGGACGAAGGCUGGGCGCAGUACGACCACGUCCUCGAAGGCGAGACGCGCAUGGGUGGUCAGGAGCACUUCUAUCUCGAAACCAAUGCCUGUCUCGUCAUCCCGGGCAAGGAAGAUUCGGAGAUCGAGGUCAUCUCGUCGACGCAGAACCCGUCCGAGACGCAGGUGUUCUGUGCGUCCAUCCUGGGCAUUCCAAAUAACCGUGUCGUGACGCGCGUCAAGCGCUUGGGCGGUGGCUUUGGAGGUAAAGAGUCGCGCACGAUUGCCUUUGCAGCUCCGCUCACGCUGGCGGCCAAGAAGCUCGGUCGACCGGUGCGCGUCAUGCUCGACCGCGAUGAGGACAUGCUUACGACCGGGCAACGUCAUCCGUUCUUGUGCAAGUGGAAGCUCGCUUUCAGCGCCUCUGGCAAGCUGGAGCGAUUGCAUGCCAAAGUGUAUAACAACGGCGGUUGGAGUCAGGAUCUGUCGCAGGCUGUGCUCGAACGUGCCAUGUUCCACAUCGACAACUGCUACCAGAUCCCGCAUCUGCACGUCGAAGGUUACAUCUGCAAGACCAACACUAUGUCAAACACCGCCUUCCGCGGCUUUGGCGGUCCGCAGGGCAUGUUUUUCACGGAAGACUUUGUCACGAAGGCAGCCGCCGUGCUCGGCAUGCGACCCGAGCAGAUGCGCGAGGCCAACCUGUACCAGGAGAACGACGAGACGCACUUCAAGCAGAAGCUGGUCGAUUGGAACGUGCCGACGCUGUGGGAGCAGCUCAAGCGCUCCGGUCAGCUCGAAGCACGCACCAAGGCCGUCGACGAGUUCAACGCGACCCAUCGCUACCGAAAGCGCGGCCUCUCGAUGAUUCCGACCAAGUUUGGCAUCUCGUUCACCGCCAUCUUCCUCAACCAGGCGUACGGCGUGGUGCACAUCUACCAUCACGAUGGCAGCGUGCUGUUCUCGCACGGCGGGACGGAGAUGGGCCAGGGCCUGCAUACGAAGAUGGCGCAGGUGGUGGCUACGGAGCUCGGCAUUCCCGUGUCGAUGGUGCAUCUUACCGAGACCAACACGGCGCAGGCGGCCAACACGUCCGCAACGGCCGCGUCGGCUUCGUCCGAUCUCAACGGUAUGGCGUUGAAGAACGCGUGUGUGCAGCUGAACGAGUCACUCGCUAAAUUCCGUCAGGAUGCGGCCGCCAAAGGGUUGGCGGGAGUCGAGGCGUGGAAGGAUGCUGUGCACGCCGCAUACUUCAACCGCGUGCAGCUGAGCGCGAUCGGUCACUACCGCACACCGGGUAUCGGGUACAACUGGAAAGACGGAACGGGCUUGCCGUUCUACUACUUCACCCAGGGCGUGGCGAUCUCAGAGGUGGAGUUGGACACGAUCACUGGUGAUCAUCGCAUCGUUCGUGCCGAUGUGCACAUGGACAUUGGGCGGUCGAUCAACCCCUCGAUCGACGUGGGUCAGAUCGAAGGCGCGUUCACGCAAGGCUUCGGAUUGUUCACCAUGGAAGAGACGCUCUACAUGAACAACGGCCAACUGGCAACGCGCGGACCAGGCAACUACAAGAUUCCUGCCUUCCUCGACACGCCCACCGACAUGCGCGUGUCGUUCCUCAAAGUCCAGGACCCGUCCAACCCAGCCGUGGCGAGACACAACAAGCACCUCGGCACGAUCCAGUCGAGCAAGGGCAUCGGCGAACCACCGCUGUUUUUGGGUAGCACCGUGUUCUUUGCGCUCAAACAGGCCAUCAGCGCGGCAAGAGUGCAGUACGACGAGGUACAGGGGGAUGCGUUGAAGGACUCGUUCCAUUUGAUCUCGCCUGCCACGGCCGAGAGGAUCCGAGUGGCCAUUGGAGACCCGCUGGUGAAACUGGCUCAGGAGACCACACCAAGGAAGGAAGGAGAAAAGCCGUUUUUCGUUAGCAUCUCGUAA